AUGAAUAAGAAGCUUGCAUACUCUUAUGUAAAGAUCAAAAUGAUUUUAGAAAACUUUUUAACAACAUGUUAUAUAAGAGUUUAGUUGAAUGAGAAAUAAAAGUGUUUUGAGUAAAUAUUGGAGUUGUAUGAUUUAACAAUUUAGAAAUAUCCUUCUGAAAAUGAGUUUUUACACAUGAAAGCAACAGUAUUACUUAACUUCAACAAAUUAGAUGAGUCAUUGGAACUUUGUGAUUAAAUAAUUUCCCAAAGUCCUCAGUAAUUAAAUGGAUAUAUUUUGAAAUCUAAGGUUUUAAUUUAAUGUGGUAAAUUAGACGAAGUCAUAGAGUUGUGGAGAUAAUGUGUUUAAUAAUUUUGUGAAGUUCCUGAAGUAUAUCGGUUUCUAAGUCUUUUAUAAUAAAAUUUAUUUAGUUAUAGCAUUAGAGAGAAAAAAAUAUUACGAGGAGCUAGUUACAGUGUGUAAUAAGGCUAUAUAAAAGUUUCCUGA